AUGGCGCCGAAUGAUCCGAAGCAAACCGGUGGUUUCUUUGCGUCGAUCGCUAACAGUUUGUCUAAUUUUGGUACCACCAUGACUAAAUCAGUCAACGGUUUAUUGGGAUAUGAAGGGCUGGAGGUUGUUAAUCCAGAAGGCGGGACUGAAGAUGCCGAAGAGGAAGCAAGGAGAGGAAGAUGGAAACAGGAGGACAGUGACAGUUACUGGAAAAUGAUGCAAAAGUAUAUAGGAUCUGAUGUCACAUCAAUGGUGACACUUCCAGUACUUAUUUUUGACCCAAUGUCAAUGUUGCAGAAAAUGGCUGAGUUGAUGGAGUACUCCUACCUGCUAGAUUUAGCAGAUGAAUGUGAGGAUCCUUAUAUGCGAUUGGUGUACACUACAUCAUGGGCUAUAUCUGUCUACUCUGCCUACCAACGUACCUGGAAACCAUUCAAUCCUAUACUUGGUGAGACUUAUGAAAUGGUUAAUCAUGGUGGCAUUACUUUUAUAGCUGAACAGGUUAGUCAUCACCCCCCAAUGAGCGCUGGUCAUGCUGAAAAUGAUCAUUUCACUUAUGAUAUUUCUUCUAAAGUGAAAACCAAAUUUUUGGGAAACUCGAUUGAUAUCUAUCCACUUGGAAGGACCCGCGUGACCCUCAAAAGAGAUGGCGUAGUUUUCGAUUUGGUGCCUCCUCUCACGAAAGUUAACAACUUAAUUUUUGGACGAACUUGGGUUGACUCACUAGGGGAGAUGAUCAUGACAAACCUGACAACAGGCGACAAAGCUGUGCUAUAUUUUCAACCAUGUGGUUGGUUUGGAACUGGCCGGUACGAGAUUGAUGGAUAUGUAUAUAAUGCUGCUGAGGAGCCAAAGAUACUGAUGACUGGAAAAUGGAAUGAGUCAAUGAAUUAUCAACCUUGUGAUAGUGAAGGGGAACCCCUUCCAGGCACUGAACUAAAGGAGGCAUGGAGACUUGCUGAUGCUCCAAAAAAUGAUAAAUUCCAGUAUACUUAUUUUGCACAUAAGAUUAACAGCUUUGAUUCUGCUCCCAAGAAGCUAUUAGCAUCCGAUUCUCGUUUACGUCCUGAUAGAUACGCAUUAGAGCAGGGUGACCUCUCUAAAGCUGGUUUUGAAAAAAGCAGUUUGGAGGAAAGACAAAGAGCUGAAAGGAAAAACAGAGAGGAAAAGGGUCACAAAUUCACUCCCAAAUGGUUUGACUUCACCGACGAAGUUUCUGCUACUCCUUGGGGUGACAUGGAAGUGUAUCAAUACAAUGGCAAGUAUGCCCAACACCGGGCUGCCAUAGAUAGCUCGAGUAGCAGUGAAGAGAUUGAUGUUAGGUCGACUGAAUUCAACCCAUGGCAGUAUGAAGAUUUGGCUGCUAACUGAAAGCAUAUCUUUGCCUAUGCUUUGCUUGUAUGAUAUAUAUAUAUUUUUCUAUUUCUUUUACACUUGGUUUUGUAUUGGCUACUGUCAAUUAUAGAACAAUUAAGUAUGGUAUUCAGUUCUGUUUUAUUUACAUUUCCCAGAAUUUUAUUGUUUUCUUACUUUUUGAUCCUUGGUUCUCAAGAAAAAUCCUUGUAUUCUUAAUUCUUAAAUUAGAUAUUAUUAUUAUUCGGUCGAUCUCCCCAGUUGAGGCCAAGGGGAUUUGCAAUUUUCAUCUUUGAAUUG